GUCAUCUUGUCACGUGACUUUUUCUUUUUUUUAAGCGGUCCAAGGUUCGAAUCUGUGUUCGGGAGAAAACUGUCGUCGGAACACAGUUUUCGAACCAGCUUUGCAGAAGAUGGCAGAGCUAACAACACUGGAGAGCCUGCUGGAGAUGGGCUUUGACAAAAACAGAGCGGAGAAAGCCGUGUCAAACACAGGCAACCAAGGAAUAGAACAAGCCAUGGACUGGCUGAUGGAACAUGAAAAUGACCCAGACAUUGAUGAGCCCUAUGUACCACCUGUGGAGAAUGUCCUAGGAGGAUCAGAAGACAGCCAGCCCAGCACAGAAGAGUCGACAGUAAGAGAUACCGCUGAAGGGAGUGGACAGAGCGUCGACAAUGAUAAUGAAGAAAAUACUAAACAGCCAAUGACAGAGGAGGAAAAACGGGAGCAAGUCAAAAGGCUCGAGGAGCUGAUGCGAGUGAAGCAGGCAGAGAGAAGAGAGCGAGAGCGGGCAGAGGAGGUCGAGAGGGAGAAACAGAGGAGGAAGCAAGGCCAAGAACUGCAGCAGAUCCGCCAGAAACUCCAUGAGGAAGAUAUGAAAAAACUGGCUGAGCAACGCAGGAGAGAGAAAAUGGAGGACAAACUGGCUCGGCAAAGGGUCAAAGAGAAGAUUGCACGUGACCGAGAGGAGAGAGCACAGAAGUUUGGAGGCGGUGGAUCUGCCUGCACGCCGACUCAGCCCAGCCCGUCGUCACCCACCAGUCAGGGGCCGCCGCCCACUAAAAAAGAAUAUGAUGAAUCCAGGAUACAGGUACGACUUCUGGACGGCUCAACGAUUACCACAGUUUUCAAAGCCCAGGAGCCGCUGGCAGCAGUACGCGUCUACGUGCAGAUGAACGGAAAUACGCCUGAAGGUCAGGACUUCACGCUGCUGUCACCUUACCCACGCUACGUUUACACUGAACUAGACAUGGAGAAGCCCCUCAAAGAGCUUGGUUUGGUGCCUUCAGCUGUGCUGGUUGUUGCUAAAAAGUGAUAUCAUGAGAAUCUGCCCUGUGAGCCUACCUCACCACACACCCACCACCCAAAAAGGACUGACCCCGGAACAGCACAUGCACCUUACAGUAUCACUCAAUAAGCCAGCUGACUGAUCUGAGGCAGGGAGGUUGAGGUUGUGUGUGAGAGGUGAUGCUUAAAGUCCAGUUCUACACAAUCUACAUGGAAAAUGACUGAGAAGUCCAGCCUGUCUUCCUGGACCGUGUGCAGUGAACUGUAAAAGGUGUGCUUGAAGAACACACUGAGCUGGCUUCUGAUUGAUACUGCUUUGAAUAACGCUGUUUGAGGCAUCACAAAUACUUUUAAUAAAAACUUCACAGAAUCACCGUUCAAUUUUAACCUGAAAACAUACAACAGAGUACCACAUAAGACUUGGCCUUAAGUUCAACUCCGUUCUUCCUGACUUUGUGAUGUUCUACUUUUGCCACUUUUUUUUUAAAUAAGUUUAAAUAUAAUGAGAGAUGUGUCUGUCUAAUCACCGAGCUACAUCAAAUAAAGUUUGGCGAAUUG